GGUGGUAUCUCUGUCAGUUAGAAAUCACUUUAUAAGUCACUGUCAGGCUGUACUAGGUUCAUGCUGCCAGGUUCAGCAAGCUUGGAUAAGAAACCAACCAUGAAGGGCUCAAUAAUGUGGGCUUUGUUGGUCUUGGCUCUGGUGGUCCAGGACAGACUAGCUGGUGGAUUGGAACACAAAUCAUAUGACUACACAAAGUACCACACCAUGGAUGAGAUUUCAGCAUGGAUGAAUCAGAUUGAAAGGGAAAACCCGGAUGUUGUUUCCAGUAUGAUAUAUGGGCAAACGUAUGAGAACAGGAACAUUUCAUUACUAAAGAUCGGCUUGAACAGCACCACAACCAAGAAAGCUGUUUGGAUGGAUUGUGGGAUUCAUGCCAGAGAAUGGAUCGCUCCAGCUUUCUGCCAGUAUUUCGUUAAAGAGAUCCUGGGCUCCUACGAAAAAGACUCAAAGGUAAACACAUUGCUUAAAAACCUGGACUUUUACAUCACCCCGGUGCUGAAUAUGGAUGGAUAUAUUUAUUCCUGGAUGGAUGACACAACUCGACUUUGGAGGAAGUCCAGGUCACCAGGCACUGGAAACUGUACAUGUUUUGGCACAGACCUUAACCGCAACUUUUAUGCUAACUGGGGCAUGGUCGGGAUUUCCAGGGACUGCUGUUCAGAAAUCUAUAAUGGUCCGAGUCCUCUGUCUGAAUCAGAGGCCAAAGCCGUCACUGACUUUUUGGGAAUGCAUCAAAACCAACUGCUCUGUUAUCUCACCAUCCACUCGUAUGGUCAGCUGAUCCUUGUCCCCUAUGGACACCCGAACAUCUCAGCACCCAAUUACGAUGAACUGAUGGAAGUAGGUCUUGCUGCAGCUAAAGCCAUCAAAUCAGUUCACGGGAAGAGCUACAAAGUGGGCAGUUCCCCUGAUGUGUUGUAUGCCAAUUCUGGCUCAUCUCGUGAUUUUGCCAGACUCAUAGGGAUCCCAUACUCCUUUACCUUUGAGUUACGAGAUGAAGGGCAGCACGGCUUCCUUCUACCCGAAGAUCAAAUCCAGCCCACAUGUGAAGAGGCUUAUCAGGGUGCGAUGUCCAUCAUAAACUACGUCCAUGAUAAGAAUUUCAAAAGUGCAGCUAUCACUGUUACAGCCACAUUGUGGACAACACUGACAGCCUUAUGGAUCUCAAGCACUAAUGUGAUUUAGAUUACUAUAUCUAAAUGGAUCUUUCUGUUCUGCCUAAACAAGAACAGUGUAACGAAAACCGAAUGGUUUGAUAUUUCACUGUCUAAUGCAUUCAAAUUCAGACAUUUGUACUGUUAGUGUCAACUAUUAUUAUGUUUAUUAUUAUUAAGGUUUAUUAAAUUGCAUUGAAAAUCAUUUAACUAUAAUUGUUUAAUUAUUGAUUCAUUUUAAUAAAAAAAAUAUAUUAU